AUGGAUGCCACGAAAGAAGAAAGAAAUGCCAUGAGCAUGGAUGACCUUCGAUUACCGAGAGGACAUUCUGGAUCACCUCACCUCACACCGACAAGAGCCCGGUCCAUCUCGUAG